AUGUAUAUGCACGCUAUGAUACGCGCGAGCCUGGGAUUUGUAGGUUUCUGCUUGGUCGCCUUUGUCCAACAGUCGGCUUCAGGAAGUAAAACCACACAAGAUGUGGACGAGUGCGCAGAGGCGCUCGACAACUGCAGCAUUGACGCCAUCUGCCAGAACACCCUGAAGUCAUACAAAUGCAUCUGCAAGUCAGGCUACAAAGGGGACGGCAAACAUUGUGAAGAUGUCGACGAGUGUGCGACUGAGUACAACGGCGGCUGCGUCCACGAGUGCAUCAACAUCCCAGGAAAUUACAGGUGCACAUGCUAUGAUGGCUUCCGCUUGGCACAUGAUGGGCACAAUUGUCUCGAUGUGGACGAGUGCUCGGAAGGCAACGGCGGAUGCCAGCAGAUUUGUGUCAACAUGAUGGGCAGCUACGAGUGCCGCUGCAGAGAAGGAUUCCUCCUGAGCGACAACCAGCAUACCUGUAUCCAAAGGCCUAAAGUGCAAUCAGAAAACUCAAAAGACGGACCCACUUGCAUGGACAAGAAUCACGGCUGUGCACACAUCUGCAGGGAAACGCAGAAGGGUGGCAUCGCCUGCGAGUGUCGACCUGGAUUCCAGCUCACGCGCAACAUGAAGGAGUGCAAAUUGACAUGUAACUACGGUAACGGGGGUUGCCAGCACAUCUGCGAGGAGACGGACCACGGCCCCAAGUGUUCGUGCCACAUGAAGUUUGUCCUGCACAGCGAUGGAAAGACUUGUGUAGGGGAGAGGAGUGUCCAGUCCCAGGCAGCCCCACAGCUGUUCCCCAAUGAGACCUGUGCAGUGAACAAUGGCGGCUGCGAUAGCACAUGUCACGAUUCAGUGACGGGGGUCCGCUGCAGCUGUCCUGUCGGCUUCACUCUGCAGCCGGACCGCAAGACCUGCAAAGACAUCGACGAGUGCCGUCUGAACAACGGGGGGUGUGAUCACGUGUGCCGGAACACGGUGGGCAGCUUUGAGUGCAGCUGCAAGAAAGGCUACAAGCUGCUGACCAAUGAGAGAACUUGUCAAGACAUCGACGAGUGCUCUUUCGAUCGCACCUGUGACCACUUCUGCAUCAACUCCGCCGGAAGUUUCCAGUGCCUCUGUCAUAAAGGCUACGUCCUCUACGGCCUGGCACACUGUGGGGAUAUUGAUGAGUGCAGCAUAAACCGUGGAGGUUGUAAAUACGGCUGCAUCAACGCUCUGGGGAGUUACGAGUGUACCUGUCCACCAGGGUACAAGCUGCACUGGAACAGGAAAGACUGUGUUGAGUUGGUGAAAUGUCAUCUUGGACUGAUGGCACCAAAGGCCACUCUGACCUGUAGCAAGACGGGCAAGAAAGAGAGCUGCUCUCUUACCUGUGCCUCUAAGGCUCACUAUCUGGCAGAGUCUGAUAACAGCUACUCGGUCAGUUGUGGGAUCCCCAUCUUCAGAGGGAAGUCCCUGUCCAGGCACAACUCCAGCAGCAGUCAGAGCUGCAUAGAGGCGUUGGCCCCUCCAGUGAAGCAGACGGCUUCUUUCAAGAUUAAAAACGCCAAAUGUCACCUGCACCCGAAGCUGACCGGCAGGACGGAGGACAGAGGACGGACCCUUGGACCAGGAGGGGGGCAGCCCUGCAGCAACUGCCUGGUGACAUUCGUUAACCUCAAAUGCGACUCCUCUAAGAAAGCCAAAGGGCGACGCGCUCGCAACCCCUCGAAUAAAGAGGUGACGCGCAUCACUCUGGAGCUGGAGGCUGAGGUCAAACCCGGAGACACGACAGGAAGUUGCAAUCUCAGCUGCCUGAGACAGCGCAUGGAGAAGCAGGUCAAGACGUACAUCAAGGCUCUGAAGAAGUCCAUCAACCAGGAGCGCUUCCUGAUCCGAGUCGCCGGUUUGGAAUACGAGGUGGCCCAGAAGCUUCCCCAGGCGGCUUCCAGUCAGGAGAACUGCGGCCCGGGCUGGGAGAGGGACAGCGGCCGAUGUGUCAGAUGCUUGUCGGGGUCUUACUACCAUGGUGAGCAGGAGCGCUGUGUCCAGUGUCCACCUGGCACGUUCCAGGAGAAGGAGGGGCAGCUGGCCUGUGACCUCUGCCCCGGCAGUGACGGCCACGGGCCUGUCGGGGCACGAAACAUCUCCUCCUGUGCAGGCCAGUGUUCAACGGGGUCCUUCUCCAACGAUGGGUUCAAACCUUGCCAGUCGUGCCCUCACGGCUCCUACCAACCAGAUUUGGGACGGACGCUGUGCUUCCCGUGUGGCGGAGGACUGGGCACCAAGCGGGAAGGCGCCAGCUCCUUCCACGAUUGUGAAGUCAAAGUUCAGUGUUCCCCAGGUCAUUACUACAACACCACGGUACACCGAUGUAUCCGCUGCCCAGUGGGGACGUAUCAGACAGAGUUCAGACAGAACUACUGCAUUACCUGCCCCGGGAACACCACCACGGAUUUCGAUGGUGCCACGAGUGUCUCGCAGUGCAAGAACAGGCUAUGCGGCGGCGAGAUGGGCGAGUUCAUGGGUUACAUCGAGUCCCCCAACUAUCCUGGUAAUUACCCCGCGAAUGUCGAGUGCAUUUGGAACAUCAACCCGCCCAGCAAGCGCAAAAUCCUAAUUGUAGUGCCGGAGAUCUUCCUGCCCUCGGAGGACGAGUGCGGAGAUGUGCUAGUUAUGAGGAAGAACUGGUCGGCCACGUCCAUCACCACCUACGAGACGUGCCAGACGUACGAGCGGCCCAUCGCCUUCACCGCUCGCUCCAGGCGCCUGUGGAUCAACUUCAAGUCCAAUGAAGCAAACAGCGCCAGAGGCUUUCAGAUCCCCUAUGUUACUUACGACGAGGACUAUGAACAGCUCGUAGAGGACAUAGUGCGAGAUGGAAGACUCUACGCCUCAGAAAACCACCAAGAAAUCCUGAAGGAUAAAAAACUGAUUAAGACUCUUUUUGACGUGCUGGCUCACCCAAACAACUACUUUAAGUACACCACUCGGGAGUCCAACGAGAUGCUUCCUCGCUCCUUCAUACGCCUCAUAAGCAGCAAAGUGUCCGCGUUUCUGCGACCAUACAAGUAA